GUAUACGCAGAAUGCCAUCAUACUCGAGUCUCAUAGGACUACGUGACAUAUGGCCAAGAGAUCCAAGCUUUCGGAGAUACCAUGAACGUGAUGAAGGAGAAGCUGAUGCUUAUUCUAGUAUACACAGAUUGCCAUCAUACUCGAGUUCCAAAGUUCUACGUGGCGGAAGACAUCCAGGCGUUCGGAUGCAACAUGAACGUGAUACAGAAGGAUACUCCGAGCAAGACAUAGUUAAAUGGAUGGAAUCUGGGGAAGUAAAACCAGCGGAUUCAGAACCUGACCUGUCAGCCGCAAUGCCUUUAGAUGACCAGAAAGGGGUAACGGAACCUGUUCAUCGUAUCUCGUCAAUGAGCGGUCAUCAUGAUGAAGUCCCAGUUCAAGGCUUUGAUAGUCAGGUGAAUGUCACUGAUGAUAUCGGCAUUAUCCGGCUUGAGGAAUAUGGUAUUGAAGUUCACGUUCCAUCGGGUGAAGCUUACAGCGCAAAAGAUAUUACCGUGGAUGUUAUCGAUGAGGUUCCACCUGAGUUGCUAACAUUACUGAAGGAAACUGGAGCUAUCAUUACCGUUGGUUUGAAGAUGUCGCCUUCUGAUGCAUCCUUUGAGAGACCAGUUAAAGUGACUAUGCCACAUUGUGGUGUGUUCCAAAAACCAGAAUCUGCUCAAAUCGUCACCUACUAUCGCAAGAAUGCUUCAGACAGUUUUACGGCAAUCCCUUCAAGCAAAAAUGGUCUGCAAUGCAUCGUUAGACAACGAGACCUAGAUAUCUACCUGAACCACUUCUCAGAAUCCUGGAUUGUAGCUCUUUUCACAUGGGCAUUCAUUGGGAAACGAGUUAUUUGCACUCCUUAUAUUCCGGUGUCAACCCCAAAGAAUGCAAAGCAUGUCUUGCGUUUGCAUGUACGAGACGAAAAUUUCCGAGAAAGAAAGUUUGAGGAGGGAUACAAGGCGGGUACCACAGGAAAGUAUUUCUUAGUGAGAUGGCGCUCUGGGGGACUACACAUUACAUGUACUUGCCCAGAAAGUAGCCUGAAUGACAAGGUUAAGACCAUAGAUGGAAGUAAGAUUACCCAUUUGCCUGAGAACGAAGUGUCAUUCAUUGUUGAUACUCGCAACUCAGAAGAUGAUUACAUGAUUUUAGAGUUCAUCAUAAAACAGAGCACAAUAGAAAAUAUCUUAGUGAAAAUUUGCCUCCAAGACUCAGCGGUAGGCGAGACAACUCAAGAGCAAGCUAUAUCUACAUCUCAGAGACCGGUCACGGCCACAUCACCCGGUAUUCAGCCUACUCCUAGAGGAGCGACCAGUGACGUUCCUACUUUUCACCACGGUUCCUUUCAGGAAGGGUUGGCGAGACAUGAACUGAGUGAUGCCAUUUUGCUCGAUCUUUCGAAGCGAAUUGAUUGCACGGUUUAUCCAGUCAGUGAUUUUGCUGUAGAUUUGGGCUUUGAUGGUGCCACCGCAACUUCUGCAGAGCAUUUGUCGAUACAGACUAUGGAUUCACAGAGGAAAUACAAAAUUAUUCUUGACAAGUUUGUCUUGAAUAAUGGAAGGUGUGCUCAGAAACUCAUAGAUGCAUUCAAAGAUAAGAAAAAGCAGCUCCUUGUAGACCUCAUAAAAGAAGCUAUCGCAAAACAAGGUGUACAGAAGGAAUCUGGAACUAUCUAG